AUGAUAUCAGGACUGCUGAGGAUAAAUCGACUGAGAAGAACGACGACGAGAAGCCAUGCUCGACUGGCGCAGCUGCACCAACAACAAACGACAUUUCGGCCGAGGUCAUUGUCUACCACUCCCUCCAGUUCUCAAGAACAGCAGCAGCAAAUCCUAUUCGAUCCCCUCAUCCCCCUCAAAAUCCUUAACCCCGUAGGUAAAAAGAACUCGACCGAUCCUCCAAACACUCCCUUACCUCAUCUCGAUCAACUCGAAAACGAAUCAUUCGCCACCAAAGUAUACGGAAUCAUGCUCGGGCUACCCAUCUUGGAUACAUUUAUGAGCAACUUACAGCGGCAUGGUCGGAUCUCAUUUUACAUGACGAGCUAUGGAGAAGAAGGAGCCGUCGUAGGUUCAGCGGCGGCCCUGGGUGACCACGAUGAGGUGUUUGCUCAAUAUAGAGAACAGGGUAUUCUACUCUGGAGGGGCUGCAGUCUGGAUUAUUUGAUCGCACAAUGUUUUGGAUCGAUGGAAGAUGAAAGUUCGAAGGGACGUCAAAUGCCGGUGCACUACGCCUCGAAGAAGCAUUACUUCCACUCCAUCAGCAGUCCCUUGGCCACGCAAAUCCCCCAGGCUGCCGGGGCGGCAUAUGCACUCAAACGAACGAGACAGAAGGGCGAACGGCUGGACGAUUGUGUGGUAUGCUACUUGGGCGAGGGCGCCGCUAGCGAGGGCGACUUCCAUGCCGGCAUUAAUAUGGCUAGUGUCUUGGGAGGCCCAAUCGUCUUUUUCGUCAGAAACAACGGGUUUGCAAUCUCUACCCCGUCCUCUCAGCAGUUCAAAGGAGACGGAAUCGCCUCUCGAGCUGCUGGAUAUGGUAUCGAUGCGAUCCGAGUGGAUGGGAAUGACCCUUUAGCAGUCUAUCUAGCCACCAGGGAAGCCCGUCGACGGGCGCUUGAAGGCGCCGGCAGAGCGGUGAUGGUGGAAGCGAUGACUUAUCGAGUUGGACAUCACAGCACUAGUGAUGAUUCGAGUGCGUAUCGGAACCCGAACGAGGUCGACCAAUGGAGGAAACGAGAUAAUCCUAUCAAUCGAAUGAGGGCUUUCUUGGAAUCUAAGGCUUGGUGGGACCCCGUUAAGGAAGAAGAUCGGAUCAAACAAUGGAAAACUGAUAUCUCGAAAUCUGUCAAAAGGGCUGAAAAGAUGCCCAAACCAUCAUUAGCAAACAUGUGGACGGACACUUAUGGGACUGAACAAAUACAUUUAGAUCAACAAAGACUUGAGAGUCAACGGAUCAUCGAGAAGUAUUCCGAGUAUCCGGUCUACAAAGAAGAACUGAAGAGAUUCUCGAAAGCUUGA